GUUGGGGCGUGGCCUGGAAGCGACAGGGCGUGGCUGUCUGACCGGGGCGGGGCGCCGGCAGCGGGCGCGAUGGCGGCUGACGGGGACUGGCAGGAUUUCUAUGAGUUCCAGGAGCCGGCCGGGAGUGUCCAGGAACAGGAGAACUGUAACGCGAGCCCGGAGGCUGGCGCGGGGGCACACGCGGGCGGCGACAGCUUCCCGGCGCUGGCUUCCAGCCUGGAGGAGAAGCUGAGCCUGUGCUUCCGCCCCACGUCGGAGGCCGAGCCCCCACGGGCGGCCGUGCGGCCCAUCACGGAGUGCAGCCUCCUGCAAGGGGACGAGAUUUGGAAUGCCCUGACAGAUAACUAUGGGAAUGUCAUGCCUGUAGACUGGAAGUCGUCCCAUACAAGGACCUUGCAUUUGCUUACUCUGAACCUCUCGGAGAAAGGGAUGAACGACGGCUUGCUCUUUGACGCCUCGGAUGAGGAGGAGCUGAGGGAGCAGUUGGACAUGCAUUCGAUCAUUGUCUCCUGUGUCAACGAAGAGCCUCUCUUCACUGCAGACCAGGUGAUUGAAGAAAUUGAAGAAAUGAUGCAGGAGUCACCAGACCCAGAAGACGACGAGACCCCCACACAGUCAGACCGGCUCUCUAUGCUCUCCCAGGAGAUUCAGACUCUCAAGAGGUCUAGCAUGAGCAGCUAUGAAGAGCGAGUGAAAAGGCUGUCGGUGUCUGAGCUAAACGAACUGCUGGAAGAGAUCGAGGCAGCCAUUAAGCAGUACUCUGAGGAGCUGGUGCAGCAGCUGGCCCUGCGAGAUGAACUCGAGUUCGAGAAGGAAGUGGAAAACAGCUUCAUUUCCGCUCUGAUUGAGGUGCAGAACAAGCAGAAAGAACACAAAGAGACAGCCAAGAAGAAGAAGAAGCUCAAAAGUGGCAGCUCUCAGAACGGGAGGAGUGAGAGAAGUCACAUGCCGGGCACAUAUCUGACGACAGUCAUCCCUUACGAGAAGAAGAGUGGCCCGCCGUCCGUGGAAGAUCUUCAGAUACUAACCAAAAUCCUGCAUGCCAUGAAGGAGGACAGUGAGAAAGUUCCAAGCUUGUUAACCGACUAUAUACUGAAAGGCUGGUGAGAUGGCUCAGCUGGUGGAGUGUGGACAAGCCUGAUGACCUAAGCUGGGUCCCCAGAAUCCACAUAAAUGUGGCAGGAGAAAACCGAGUCUCAAAGUUCUCCUUUGACCUCUGCAUGCACACACCAUACCACAAACCCAAAAUAGUAAUGUUACAAAAAUACUCUAAAGAUGAACUUGCAAAGCUGGAGGCGUAACAACUCAGCACUAGUGAUUGCCUGCUGCGCCCAAAGACCUCGGUUUGACCUCUGGUACUGCAAAAACCAAAGCACAAGUGAUACCGAAAAGAGAUAUGGGAAAGGUACUACUCUCUGUCGCUUUAAUGUUAUUUUCUUUCAAAUCAACCAUUCCAGGCAGGUAUCGGGGCCAGCGAGUGAACGACAGAGGCCAUACUGAUUGUCCUGGAAACUCAGCUUACAAAUCACAGCUCUGUGGUGUUAGGGCCGUGGAUCCUAAGCUGUGUGAACACAGAGAGGAGGGAAAGGCUGGGAAGGAACACCUCUCAAGUCAGCCGGUCCAGUCGGUAACAUUCAAUAGAAAGAGAAAAAUGAAGGAAAACACCUACAACAAAAAUACUUCAUCGAUGGAUUAGGUUUUAAAUACAAAACAACUAAAAGAAAUACUGUUUUCCCAUACUCCAAGUGAUACCAGGACUGGGUCUCUGUGGCAUCUUUGAAGGUUGGGCAGUCAAUUAAGGAAAAUCCUAGUGAGGAACUGACAGCUCUUCUUUACAAACUUACAUCUUUCUAUUCUGUUAGGAUGCUAAAUAACAUCAUGAAAAGUUAACUUCGAGCUUUCCUGGACUCCAAGAAAACACCAGAGAUAAAAAUCAUCAACAUGACCUACACCGUUCAGAUCAAAACGAAAUGAAUUACCAAGAAGAAGUGUUUAUUUUCUGCUCGUGGACUUUAACAGCUGCUAUGUGAUGCACAGGUCCCCAGCAGACUACAGCUGGGGAGGCUGUUCUGGUGCCUGGAGCUCAAAGUCUCCAACAAGGGCACAUACACUGACCACGCCUACUGUGUGUCCAGUCAGAGCUGGAAUCCUGGGUAUAGGAGUUUGGGUCUGUGGUCAUCUGGCUUGAUCCAAAGAUAAUGUUUAUAAUGUCUAAAGUAACAAGAUCAUUAAUCUCUCACACAAUACACAUCACUCCUUCCAAAAGAAAUAUAAAAACUGCACAAUGAUGUUGAAAGCAUGUUUGGAGUCAAGAGGAGGCAGUAUUGAGCCAGGGCUUAGCAUGAAUUUAGCCUCUAGUCUCCUUUAAGGGAAGUGGUGACAGAAGUUAACCAGGCUUUGCUCAUAGCUAACAAGAAACAAACUCACCUGUUUAUAGUGUAUACAACUGAAAGGAAGAAAGGAAUGAAAUAACUCUGUAGAAAUCGGCUCUGUAAUAAACUUCAAACUCUCAUGAGGUGACAACCCAGAAGAGGGAUGCUGCCUGCCCAAGGGGCGGUGAGAUGCUUCGUUCCUCUGCCACGUUCCUACAUGUGCAUGUCACAUCGGGCUCUUCUGACUAGGAAUAUAUCCAUCCCCCUCAUCACUAAGCAUCUGAGUCUACAGGACCAGCAAGGCACAUUUACCCAGUGCUCUACACAGGACACUGAGGUGUUUAAUAGAUUUCAACCAUGGUCUUCCCCAGACGGGUUAAUGCACUUUCACGAGGCAUUCGAAAAUAUAGCAUUUUUUUUUUUUUAAAAUCGGGAAUAAACAAAGCAGAUCACAAGACAGGACAGCUCUCAAGUGACGUCAGUGUUUACCUCUAGGGAGAUGGAUGAUGUCAUUUUCACUUGGGGUGGGCCACAUGGGGACCUCCAGGUCAAUCUCGCCACGAUGAUUUUUCUUCUCAAUGGGUACAUUGGUUGGCUCUGGCACAUACAUUUCUAAAAGAAGAAAGCGUUUCAGCUGAGAGACGAUGGGAAAGAGAGCUGCUUAUUGUUGGUGUUAAUGUACUCUAUCCAAUCAGGGCCUUCAAUUCAAUGCCAUUGGACUGGGAGGUGAACGACUCGCUCUCCCCAUUUCCAUGGCUCACUCCCGUAACCAGUAGCUGGCUUUAAUGGUGAGAAAGCAUUUACCACAGUGUCGGAAGGAACAGACUUCCCUAGGAACAGACUUCCCUACUCGACCAGCUGUUUCUUGUGUCAGAUGUGGCCUUCAUAGUUCUGUGUGCAUCACAGUGACACUGGCAUCUGUCUCCAUAUUUGGUUCUUCAAGUACACCCCCGCCCCCAUCAAUCUCCCUAAGACAUGACCUGGUUAUUCAUGUGAUACAUCUGCUCAAAAUUAGCCCUCCUUACCCCUUCAAAGGUCAAAUAUAAACUCAUUAGACAUCCAAGGCCCUAGACAUCUUGGCCACCAUUUAUGUUUUGCACCUGCUUCUAGAACUCAUUUGCCCUAGGGUCACUGGCUUGACCUCUCCUAUUUUGGGGUCUUUGGAUAGAAGACUUCUUCAUUCCAACUAAGAGAGACCAUUCAACCUUUAAAUCCUUCCUCAAACCCUUCUGUGAAGCAUUCCAGGGCCAUGGCUGCUUCACUGGGAAACUGGCCUUAGGCGCUUUGCCCGCAUGGCCUGGACGAAGAGUUGUAAGGCUGCUGUCACCCACCCCUUGUCUGGAAUACUGCGACCGUUCUGGCUGUGAUGGUUAAAAUAAAAUUGGUUUUGCCCCC